AUGGGCCAUGCGGUGCAUUGUGGAUAUCGCUGGAUUCCGGUUGUACUGCUUCUUUGCGUAUGGAAUUUAUCUUCGGGACAGAUUGUCUACUUUGUCUCAGAGGAGGUGAACAAGGGAACCGUUGUUGGUAAUAUAUCCAAGGAUCUGAAUCUCAAUGUUCAGGAACUGGAGUCUCAUAUGUUUCAGAUGGUUUCCGGCUCCAACGAGAAGUAUUUUGAUGUGAAUUUAAAGACCGGGGCUCUGUUUGUGAAGGAAAAAAUCGACCGAGAGGAACUCUGUAUGACCAGUGAGAAAUGUUCUCUAAACCUGGAGAUCAUUGCACAGAACCCUCUCAACAUGUAUCGUUUAGAAAUCAAUGUGUUAGAUAUGAAUGAUAACGGACCUUCAUUCCCAAUAAAUGUUCAUACUUUGAAUAUAACCGAAUCCACAUUUCAAGGCGAAAUAUAUCCCCUGCCCAGCGCUGACGAUGCUGAUAUAGGAAGUAAUACAGUGAAAACAUACAAGUUGAGCCCGAAUUAACAUUUCUCUUUGGAUGUACAAGCUGAGUUAAUACUACAGAAAGCUUUAGACCGAGAGAAACAGGCUGUGAUCCAGUUGUUACUUACAGAUAAUAGUGAAUGUGAUAGAUGUGAACGAUAA